AUGCUCAGAAACCCGCUGAUUUUUAGAAAUGUCUUUGGUAGUUUGUAAGUUUUGUUUCUCAUUUUAUAAUAGCCGAUAUGUAUAUUAUUAUAGGUCAAAACCCAUCUACCGGCUUCAAUACCAUCUCUAUCUACCAAAAAGAACCUUUAGUUCAGAAGAGUUCGGAGAUGAAACAGUGGCAGAAGUCUUUGAAGAAGAUGUAGAACAACAAUAUCAACGCAAAACUCAACUGGAACACAUCCUCCUGAGGCCUGAUACCUACAUCGGAUCAGUGGAGUUUUGUGACAGAACGCUAAUGUGGAUAUAUGACAUGAAGGAGAAACGACUGGUCAAUAAACCGAUUAGUUUUGUACCUGGUUUGUACAAAAUAUUCGACGAAAUUCUGGUAAAUGCGGCUGAUAAUCGACGAAGAGAUAAGAGGAUGAACAAGAUCGAGGUGGAUAUUGAUAAGUAAGUCGAAAUAAGGCUAUUGAAGGCAUUUUUUUUACAAAACAUAAAAUGGCAAGAACUUUCUUUACAUAACAUACAAUGGCAAGAACUUUCUUUACAAAUUAAAAAAUGGCAACAACUUUCUUUACAAAACAAAAAAUGGCAAGAACUUUUUUUACAAAACGUAAAAUGGAAAGAGCUUUAUUAACAAAAAAUAAAAUUGCAAGAACUUUCUUUACAGAGACCGAAACCGAAUAUCAAUACUGAACAAUGGUCGAGGAGUACCAGUCGUAUGGCACAAAAAAGAAGAAAUGUAUAUCCCAGAGCUGAUCUUUGGCACCCUACUAACCUCUUCAAACUACGAUGACAAGGAAAGAAAGACGACUGGAGGAAGGAAUGGGUUUGGAGCGAAGUUGUGUAAUAUAUUCUCAAAGGAAUUCACUCUCGAAACGAGUUUUAUCGAGAAUGGCAAGAGUUUUCGGCAGGUAAGGGCUUAAUGCAGGGUAGGAUAGGGCAGGGCAAGAUAACGUAGAGUACGGUAGGAUAAGGUGGCUUAGGGUAAAGAGGGUUAAGGUAAGGAAGGGCUUGUCAUGGUUGUAGGAUAGAGCACAGUAGGGCAGGGUAAGGUUGGCUGCGCCAGGACAGAAUAGGAGUUUGUAGGAUAGGGUAAGGUAAUUUGGGGUAGGGAAAGGUAGGGUAGAGCAGGGUAGGUUACGGUUGGAUAGCGUAGGAUACGGUAGGAUAGGGUUUGGUAUGGUAGGAUAGGACAGGGUAGGGUAUGGUAUGGUAGGAUAGGGUAGCGUAGGGUUGUAGCUAAAACUUUUAAAUACAAGAUUGGCUAUUAUAAUAUUCCCCUUUAGAGCUGGACCAACAAUAUGACUCAAACAACCAGCCCAGAAAUCGAAGUGGCACGGUCGGAAGACUACACAAAAGUCACGUUUACUCCAGACCUACAAAAGUUUGGAAUGAAAGUUUUGGACGACGAAAUAAUUGGUCUUAUGGCAAGGCGAGCAUUGGACAUUUCAGCGACAACUAAGGGGGUUAAGGUCACUUUGAAUGGAGAGGUGUUGGCUGUAAGUUUGGGGAAGUAAUGAUGAGGCAUACCUAUUAGAUUUUUUUGAAAAAAUAGGUAAAGUUAUUGAAAAAAGUAUGUUGUUAUAGCAGGGACGUCGCUACGGAUUUUCUCUGGGGGGAGGUCGAAAAAAAAUUUUUCGUCCACAGGUAGGGUUUUUCAAAAAUUUUUUUUUCGUUUUUUCGCGUACAGGUACCUACCUGUGCAAUUUUUUUCGGAUCGGCUCUGGGGGAGGGGGUACCCCCCCCCCUCCCCCUCCUCCAAACGACGUCUUUGUGUUAUAGCUUUAUAUUGAUAAAAAGAGUCUAUCUUUGACAAUAUAAACCUAAAAUGGUUUAGAGUGCGAUUGUAUAACCUAAAAAUUUAUAUUAUUGUAGAUCAACACCUUCCACGACUAUAUGAAUCUUUUUUUCGAAGAUGAAUCCUCUAAAACCUCACUAAUAUACGAUCACAACAGACGAUGGCAAGUAGGUAUAGGGCUGUCGAACCGAGGUUUUCAACAAAUGUCAUUCGUGAACUCGGUUUGGACGGUCAGAGGCGGCAGGCAUGUUGACUAUGUCGUCGAACAGAUCGUCGACGCUCUAAUGGAAGAGUUAAAGCCCAAAAUGAAGCGAAAAGGUAUCCAACUGAAGGCACAUCAGAUCAAGAACAAUCUGUUUGUCUUUGUCAAUUCGCUUAUUGAGAACCCGGCUUUUGAUUCACAGACCAAGGAAACGCUGACUACAAAGCCUAAACUGUUCGGGUCGGAGUGGAAACUUGAGGAAAGAAUGAUCAAAAAGGUAUGAUUAGGUAGUAAAAUGGUAAAAUUGGGUAUUAAAAUGACUCUAAUGGUUUAUAAAUGUUAAUAGAAUUUCAAAUUUUCAGGUCUUAUCAGCCGGAAUCAUAGAAGCCUCAGCCAGUAUGGCCAAAAAGAAACAAAUGGAACGAUACGAAAAGGCCAAUGUUUAUGUUAGAACGGCGCAAAUCGAUGUGCCAAAACUAGUCGAUGCGAAUGAAGCUGGAACUUCAAGGUCAUCCAAAUGUACAUUAAUAUUGACUGAAGGUGAUUCGGCCAAAAGUUUGGCUAUAGCUGGGUUGAGUGCACUGGGACAGGACAAAUACGGAGUGUUCUCGUUGAGGGUAAGAUUUUUAGGUUGGGCUAGGGUGGUGAUUUAAAAGGUGGGUAAAAACGAGAGAGAAGGUAGGGAUAUUGGUAACUUAGGUUGCAGUAGGAUGUGGGUAGGGUAACGUGACAGGAUGUGGUAAUGGAGAGUAGGAUAGAGUAAGGUAGGGUGGUAUGGGCAGAGGUAUGCUUAUGGGUAGAGCAGCGCAGGCUAUGGCGGGUAGGGUAUGGGGAAUUGUAUGAGCAUGGGCGUGAACAGAGGCAUGUGCAUAGGUGUAGGUGUGGGCAUCAUGGGGUAGGAUAGAGCAGGAUAGUUUAAGGUAGGGUAGGGUACCAAAGCCUUCAAAAAACUAAUCAGCUGAUCUGUGUAUUUUACCCGUGUAGUAGGGCAAAAAUGUAAGGGAAAUAAAAAACGAGGAGUACUUGUAAAAUACGCUGUGCAAAUUCAGAGAUGGAAAAUCGAUUAAAUUUCAGGGAAAAAUGUUGAACGUUCGAAAGGGCCGCUAUCAGCAAGUGUUGGAGAAUUCGGAAGUCAAUGCUUUGAUCAAGAUAUUGGGAUUGGAAUAUAAAAGAACAUACGAGAGUGAAGAAGAAAGGGCCAACUUGAGAUAUGGCAAAAUUAUGAUCAUGACUGAUCAGGUAACUAAAAGUGGCUUUUAAUCUUUUUUUUUGGGCUUAACAUAGUACCAUUUUUUAUUUGGUACUAAUUAAGAGUACUGUUUUUUUGGUAUUAUUUAAUGGUUCUAUUUUUUAUUUGUUACUGUUUAAUAGUACUAUUUUCUAAUUGGUACUAGUUAUUGGUACUAUUUUUUACUUGUUAAUAACUAAUGGUACUAUUUGCCACUUGGUACCUAUUUAUGACAUAUUUUUUACUUUUGCUUGAGAUUUCUAGGCACUAUACCUACUAAAAUGUCAUAAAACUCGUAUUUUAGGACGAAGACGGAAGUCAUAUCAAAGGAUUGAUCAUCAACUUUAUUCAUCACAACUGGCCAGAACUUUUAAAACACAAUUUCAUUGAACAGUUCAUCACUCCGAUAGUUAAGGCAACGAAGGGAAAUGAAUCUACAGCAUUCUAUUCAAUGGCACAGUACUUACAAUGGCAGAAGAACACUGAGGAUUGGAACACUUACAAGAUUAAGUAUUACAAAGGUAGGGUAUUACCUAUUGAUGUGUUGUAAUGUGCUUUACUCUGCUUUGUUUUAUGCUAUUUUAUCCUACCCUGCCCUAGACAUGAGAAAUGGGCCGGGCCGGCCUUGAGCAGAAUUCCGAUCGGGCCGAGCUUAACAUUCAGGCCCGCAGGGUAGACAUGAGAAACGGGCCGGGCCGGCUCUGAGCAAAGUUUCGAUCGGGCCGGGCCUAACAUUCAGGCCUGGCCCGUUUCUCAUGUCUACCCUGCCCUACCCUGCCUUAUAUGAACUUUAUUUUUAGGUCUGGGCACAUCAACGUCGAAAGAAGCGAAAGAGUACUUUAACAACCUCGAACGUCAUCAAGUUCAAUUCGAGUAUUCAGGUCAAGAAGACGAUGCUAAUCUAGAGCUAGCCUUCUCUAAAGAUCGUGUUGAAGACCGCAAAACCUGGAUUACCGAGUAUAUGAACAAAAAGAAAUCGACCGAAACCCUGGAAGAGCCCGAAGAUGUCAUAUAUGACAUUAAUCAACGCUCACUCACCUUCUCCGAGUUUAUCAACAAAGAACUGAUAGUGUUUUCGAAUGCUGAUAACGUGAGGAACAUACCCAAUCUUAUUGAUGGUUUGAAACCGGUUCAAAGAAAGGUGAUCUUCACUUGUUUCAAGAGGUACGACAAGAAACAGUUGAGAGUGCAACAGUUGGCUAGUGCUGUGGGAGAACUGACUGCUUAUCAUCAUGGAGAUGUAAGUCUUGAAUUAAAUAAUACUAUAAUUUAGGUUGGUUAAAAUAGCUUAGGUUUUGUUACAGUAAAGCAGGGUAAGAUACCAUUUGUAUUGUAGGAUAGAGCAUGGCAGGGUAAGAUAUGUUAGGGCAUGGUAGAAGUAAUGUAGGGUUAUCUAGGGUAGGGUAGAAUAACACACGGCAGAAUACUGUAUUGUACGGUAGGACAAAGGAGUACAGCAAGGCAGGGUUACGUAGGUAGAAUAGUGUAGGGUAGGGUUGGGUAGGGUUAGGUAAGAUAAGGUAGGAUACGGUACGGUACGAUACGGUAGGGCAGGGUAGGUUAGAGUAGGGUAAGGUAAGGUAGGGUAGGGUCUUUUUAAUUCAGUAGUAGGGCAGAUAGGGUAAAGUAGAGUCAGGUGGGAAAAGACAGGGUAAGAUGUAGUAAGUAAUGUCUACACUGGAAACAUUACUUACUACGACAAGAUACGAAGUUUUUAACAAUUUUUAAAUUUUCAGAAAGCUCUGUUAGAAGCGAUAAUAGGAAUGGCCCAAAACUUUGUUGGUUCGAAUAAUAUCAAUUUACUGGUACCACAUGGUCAGUUUGGUACUCGACUUGAAGGAGGAAAGGAUUCAGCUUCAGCACGGUACUUAUAUACACAAUUGAGUCCAAUAACAAGAUAUAUCUUUCCUCAAAUCGAUGAUCAACUCUUGAGGGUAGGUAAAAUACAAUAAUAUGCAUCAUUUGUUUAAAUUUCAAAAAUUUUUUAAUUUUUUUAAAAAAAUUUUGUAAAUUAAAAAAUUAUAAAAUUUACAAUUUCUAGCCAAAAUUCGAUCUGGACGAAAAAGUGGAACCCAUAUGGUACGUACCAAUUGUACCAGUAGCUCUGAUCAAUGGCGUAAUGGGCGUUGGUACUGGCUGGUGCUCCAAAAUUCCAAAUUUUAAACCUGAGGAUGUGGUCAAGAAUAUCAAACGUUUGAUCAAAAGCAAGCCAAUGGUACCGAUGGAGCCGUGGUUUAAAAACUUUAAAGGUACCAUGUUCAAGCUGAAUGAUCGAAGGUACUUGUCGUAUGGAGAGAUAAUUAAGAUUAAUAAUAGCUGUGUGGAAAUCACUGAGCUACCAAUCAAGGUGUGGACUCAGCAUUAUAAGGAGCAGGUGAGUUGUGGAAUUGUGUUUUAGAAAUGGUACUAUAUAAUGAAAAUUGGGGCUUUGAUGCUAUGGUGAGGUUUUAGUGUAGUUAGUAGUAUAGGGUUCAAAAUGGGGUUUUGGUACUAUAAAUGAUAUAGUACUCAAAAAUGGUAUUAUAUUAUUUUUAUUAUGAAAUUUGGUUUGUGGUACUAUGAUGGUUCUAUAGGGCUAAAGUUGGUACUGUAGGAAAUAUGCUAUAGAUAGUAUUUGAUCUAUAUACUGUAGAGCUUAGAAAUGAUACAGAUGGGCAUGUAGUACUUAUUAUUGGUAUUAUAACUAAUAUAGUACUUGAAAUUGGUACUAUAAGUAAUAUGUGGCUGUAUAUUGGUAUUUCAAGCAAUAUAGGGCUUAAAAUAUGUGUUUUAGUUACUAUAGUGCACUAGAAUUGUGUGGCCGUAAAUUUUUUGUACAAAUGGCAGCUUGUAUAGUACUAGCGGGAUUACUUUGCAUACUUGUAGGUGAUAUACAAUUAAUAGAACUUACUCUUAGUAUUUGUACGCACCAUAGCACUAUAGUACUAAUAGGAACUACUCUUAGUACUGGUACGUGGUGUAGUACUAACAGAACUUACUCUUUGUACAUGUAGUUUACUGUAAUACUAUCAUUUUCUCUGUACUUCGUUUUGUACUAAGUAAAAUACAAAUUAAUUUGCGACUUAAUAUAUGUUUCAGGUCCUAGAACAAAUGCUCAAAGACAAUAUAAUCGAGUCCUUCAAAGAGUAUCACACCGAGAGCACGGUCAAGUUUGUCGUCAGGAUGAAUACCAAAAAGCUGUUCAAAGCACGAAAAAUUGGCCUUCACAAAGUCUUCCGUCUACGAUCCAUGAUGUCAUUAAACACCAUGGUACUAUUCGAUGUGGAGAAUCGAAUCCGAUUCUACGAUUCGCCAGAAGAAAUCCUAAAAGAGUUCUUUGAAGUCAGAAAGCAGUACUACAUCAAGAGGAGGAAGUUUGUGAGAGAAAUGAUCGAAGCCGAGGUUAAAAAAGGUGGAAUUUCAAUUGAAAUUCAUGAAAAUGAGACUGAAUGA